AUGGAUCGGCGCCCUGAAGAUGAGGGCGGCUUCAACCCGGAGAUAGGCUUCCUUGGCAACCUCAACAUGCCUGCCCUGCACAGCAAUCAAUGCCUGACCCCAGAUUCAUUCUCUACCUACCUCCAAGCCCAAGCAGGUAUACCUGCUGUACAGGAAGUCCCCCAAUCUACUCAAGGUGUGCCAGGACAAGACAACCUUCCUGCUGAAGCCCCCCAGAACGUCUACGUCAGCCCUCCCAGUCGGGAUGCUCCGCUGCCAGGUGCACCUCCGGCGACCGCAGCACAGAUUGAAACAGGAACCAAGAAGCGUGGACGACCAGCCGGUACCAAGAACAACACCCGGGGGCCCCCCAGGAAGAAGAAGGAACAAGCGCCACCAGUCGAUCCUGCGGUUCUCCAGGAGGCCGCAAACCGCCUGUGGAAGGACGAGUGGGUGGUUCAGUUGAUCGAACAGCGAGCUCUCCUGAAGGACAAGUUCGACAACCCCAAGCAAGGCGUGGAUCUCUGGACCAAGGUGGCUGCCGAGAUCCUCGCUAACUGCCCUGAUUUCAACAAGAAUGCUGAGGCGUGCAGAAAGAGGUUUGCUAAGGAGCUCAAGGAUUAUCAGGGUGACAAGGCGCAGAAUGCAAAGUCUGGUCAUGACAGGGGUGACAGGUCCAAGCACUAUGAUUUGAUGGAUUCUCACUUUGCGUCCAAGGCCACCGUUCACUGUGCUGCCCAUGCCGACUCAGAGACAGUGGAGGUGCUCUCGGAAUGUAGUGAGAAGCCCAACUCUAGCGGUAGCUCCUUUUCAGAGGAUAAGCUGAAGCGUGGAAACAAGAGGGAAAGCGUAGCGUCUGAGUUGUCAGCCACUUUUGUUAGCACGUCUGAGGCAUUCAUGGAAGAGUACACAAAGGUCGAGGAUCGGAAAGCCAAGCAGAUUUCGGACCUCACCGAUCUGCUCAGAUGUAUUGUGGAGAAGCUGUAA